AAACUGCGUCAUGCAUGCUGGCUACAACAGUUGCUCCCACUUCAUGGUCACGGGUGGCAGAGACAAUGGCGCCAUCUGCCACCGGCGCAUAUAACCUGUUCGUCCAAUCCCAGCUCCCAACUUCGCUGCUGCAGCGCAGCGACCAAUCAGAGAAGCCAUGAAGCAGCUCGUGGCUCUCGUCGUCUCCGCCCUUCUCGUCCACCCGCUGCUCGCCACGGCGUCGCUCGCCGACGGCAAGUACGGGAACGCGACGGUGUACGGCAUCGCGGUGGCGAAGUGCGCGGGGUGCGGCGCGCUGGGCGCGUGGGCGGAGUCGGUGGAGUUCCUCUACUACCACAACCUGGUGCGGCUGGCGCGGUGGGAGCUGCCGCUGGCGUGGUCGCCGCGGCUGGAGCAGUAUGCGCGGUGGUGGGCGGCGCAGCGGCGCGCCGACUGCGCGCUGCGGCACUCGUUCCCGGAGGGGCAGUUCGCGCUCGGGGAGAACAUCUUCUGGGGCGGGGCCGGCAGCGCGUGGCGCCCCGGCGACGCCGUCAAGGACUGGGCCGCCGAGGGCGUCGACUACUCCUACGCCGCCAACGCGUGCGCGCCCGGCCGCGAGUGCGGCCACUACACGCAGAUCGUGUGGCGCGGCACCACCUCCGUCGGCUGCGCGCGCGUCGUCUGCGGCGACGGCGGCGUCUUCAUGACCUGCAACUACUACCCUCCGGGCAACGUCGUCGGCGAGAAGCCAUACUGAUCGA